ACCUCGAAUAGUCUACCUAGAAACCCUCUUAGUAGACACAGAAGAUAUACUAUACCAUAAACCCAUUUUAUGUUCUGUUUGUGUCGUUGCAUUUAAAUUCCGCGUGGCUGUAUAUGGAGUUCAUAUAGUUGAUUAGCGUGAGCGCCUGAGUCAUCAAUGACAAUGCCAUCUUCAGUGUCUGCUGUCCAGACUAAAUACGUCUUCGAUAACGACGAAGAUGGAACCGUUCCUUCUUACCUUCCUACCGCGAUCGAUAAAUCCGACAAGAAGGGCACAUUCGAGUCAGAAGUAUCUACUGUUGUAGAUAUUGAACCAUAUGCAUUCUCUUCAGAUGCAUUGGCCGUUCCGGUUGGCUCAAGGGGUCCGUCGCCCGGACCUCCCCUGAAACCCUUUGAGGCGCGCCACUCGGGGCUUGGUGGAUGGUUUAUAUCAACCUGGCAAAAGAACAAAGCACCACUGCUGGUGUUCUCGGCACAGUUUUUCGGAGCGUUGAUGAACCUCACUGCCCGUCUACUGGAAGUCGAUGAAAAACCUAUGCAUCCUAUACAAUUGCUCUUUGUAAGACAGGUGAUGACGACCAUAUUCUCAUCGAUAUAUAUCUGGCGAAAGAGGAUACCACACGGAAUAUUAGGGCCUAAAGAUGUUAGGUGGCUGUUGGUGUUGAGAGGCUUCACCGGUUUCUUCGGUAUAUAUGGUAUGUGGUACUCGGUCAAGUAUAUACCAUUGGCCGAAGCAACCGUCAUCAGCUUUCUAGCACCAAAUCUUGCUGGCUAUAUGUGUCAUAUAUUGAUUCAUGACUCCUUCACGCGGAGGGAACAACUUGCGUCAUUCAUAGCCCUGGGAGGUGUGGUGCUCAUCACGCGGCCGUUAUCUCUCUUUUCUGGUGCUUCACCCCCACAGACUGCCCCGAGCAUUAUAGCGGCGGAGGCUGUUUUUAAUGCCACAGCAGAAGAAGUCUCGUACCCUGGCGGAGGACAUAUUCCAACAAGUGCUGAGCGCUUAAAAGCUAUCGGGGUUGCGCUCCUUGGUGUGCUCGGGGCGUCUGGAGCUAUUACAUCGCUUAGGUGUAUAGGGAAGCGGGCUCAUCCUCUGGUCUCAGUCAAUUAUUUUGGCACAUGGUGCGUGCUUGUAACGACGACUAUACUUUCAGUGGCCCCUGCUCUCGAUUAUGCGCAGCCGGAGCUACGUCUCGAAUUGCCAGACACUAUACGGCAAUGGGGUCUCCUCUUCGUUGUCGGAGCUUCAGGAUUAAUCAUGCAAAUGCUCAUGACAUCCGGUUUAGCUGUUGAGAAAAGCAACCGCGCCACUGCAAUGAUGUAUACACAUAUGCUCUUUGCGGCGGGAUUUGACCGUUGGGUAUUUGGCCACAGGAUGGGUUGGAUGAGUCUUACAGGGUGUGGACUUAUUGUGGGUAGCGCACUUUGGGCUGCUCUAACAAAGAGGGAAGAGAAGAAGAGUGACAACGGUGAUACGGAAAUAGGAAUUGUGCCUAUUGUGGUAUCUGGGGAUAACGAGAGUGUGUUCACGAUUGACGAUGAGACGGAUACGGACGAAGAGGGCGUUAUGCUUAGACGGAUGUGAGAUAACAGGUUCGUAUAUACGUUAGGUAGAAGGGUGUGAUAUAAAUGGCCCCUGAUAGAUGAAUACCUGUGACUGAGAUUUUGUAGACAUGAAAUUGAAGGUUGAAGAAGUAUUUGAAUGAUAUUUCAAUCA